UGUGGGUGAUUUUCCACGGUGAAUUACCUUCAAGAGCAUAGAAAUCCGGUUUGUCGCAGUGCCCACUUGCGUAUUCUCUUCAGAGACACGGUCAGUGUGCCUCCAACUCGCGCUAAAAUAACUCAAUUCGAAUCGUUUCAUGCAAAAUGCAAUCGCGGAAGUGUUAGCCUUGCAAAAUAUGUUUGUUUUUUCUAAAAUCCUGGGUAUAAAAUGAGCCGGCAACAAGCCAGAGUGAUUGAUAACUGGAUGAUAAGAAUUCACACUUUGACCCCGAGCUGAGAUAACUCCAAGAAAUGUUCAGUGACAAUUAUUAGGUGCAAAAAUGUUGACUCUGUACAUGGUGGUUGCGUGGCUUAUAGGAAUUUGCUACGGCUUUGUGCUGAUUUCGUCAGCAGCGGGCCAAAAUGACGUAAAUUUAUUCCAACUUGGGGAAAAAUCAGUUUAUAAACUACACUCAACCGUUCUCCUAAAUGAAAAAACAGGAAGCGGUAAAAAUGUAGGGUUUUUUAUUACGGGGGACGUUCUAGUUCAUAGUAUUUGGGGCGAGGGUGAGGAAAAAUUACUCAAAUUUGAGCUUAAAGCUCCCCAACUGCAUAUUCGGUCAAGAAAAGCUCCCUCCCCCGAUGGUUUCAUUCAACAUUCGUCCAAACUGGAGGAAUUCUCUUUAAAACCAUUCUAUGUAACGUGGCGUAGUGGAAAAAUUGGUAAAAUUUUGCUCCCAAAAGACGAACCCAAAUCUUUGGCUAACUUCAAAAAAGGAAUUGCAAGUCUAUUCCAGUUCCAAAUCCUAGACGUGGAAACCACCGAAAAUGACGCUUCUGGUUCGUGCAAAACCAUUUACCAAACCAUUGACACAACGAAAUUCCGAAAAAUUAAAACCAAUUGUAUUUCUUCCGACUUUCCUUUUGUCAAAACCAUCCAUCCUAUUCUGGAUGUCCUUGUCACCUCCUCGAGACAAGUGACGUACGAAAUGGACCCCAAACUAAGUCACAUAAAGGCCAUCUAUGCCAAAGAAUCACACACCAUGGUUUUGUCAGUGAAAGAAGACCUUGGCAGUGUUAUAGAAGCAGAUCAAAUCUUGAAUCAUGUGAAAAAUGAGAAAACUGAACCUCUCCGGGGACCAACACUCGAAUCAGUUCUUGAUUUAGUCUCUCCAGGACACACCGAAGACACUCUUCUAUUACAAAAAGAAGAAAGUGAUGAUGAUGGCAAAACGUUCCCAAAUCUUGUUAACGAGCUUAGAGACAACAUUGCAGGACAACAUUUAGGAAGCCUGCUUUCGGCAAAAUCAUUUUUGCGACUGUUAGAAGGCGCAAGGAAGGCAACUAAAGACGAAAUAGCCAAAGUUUUGGGAUCCAAGAAAAAUCAGAAGAUUUUGCCACAAAUUUACGAUAUUCUUGGCUAUGUGCAAACACCAGAAGCCCACGCUAGUGUUUUAAAGAAGCUCCAUUUUGACAAAGAGGACCAUCUAGACUUGAGUGAACGCUACUUGUGGUCACUUUCACUCUCCACACAUCCUAAUCCCGAAAUUUUAAAAGACCUUCUAGACAGACACCGAAAAAAUGACAAUUACCCAGAAAAAGUCAAAGAAACUUUAGUUCUUACUAUUGCACAAAUGGCAAAUGUGAUUCAAGUUUCAAACCCUGAAGAACGCAAGAUUGUGCGAAGCGUGGAAGAAAUAAUUGUUAACAAUUUGAACUAUGCUAAAGGUGAAGACCGAUUCAAGUUUUUGCGAGCCUUAAAAAAUCUCAAAAGUGUCACAACCAUCCCCCUUUUAGUGAAGAUAAUAGAAGAAGGGACGUUCAGAGAAGGAGUUCUUGCAUUCAAAGCAAUAAAAUCUCUCGGUCCUUCUUUGUGGACCGCGGAUAUAUACAGAGUAGCGCGGAAAACAUUUUUGCAACUUGACCGGAAGUACGACACUAGUGCUAGAACCAUUGCCGCUGAUAUUCUUCUAGAAGCACAACCUAGUGACAGUCUUUUGAAAGACUUCUUGUACUACCUGAAAAUCAACGACUCUAGUGUUGAAGUCAAACAAUACGUCAUGCAGCGUCUCCAAAUGUUAUCAGAUGAGGACCAAAACUUCAACCAAAGAUUCACUCAAUUCAUUAAGUCUGAUGCAAGUUUAAAUAAUUAUGAAGCUUUGGCACCUUAUGGCCUCUCGACUGCUUUAAAACGCACGUUUUUGAAGAGUCCCUCGAGCAAUGGAAGCCUUCUGACACUUCAAGAAAUCUUCGGCGGGAUUGUCAAACGAGGAAUCGUCAAUGUCAUGAUGGAUAAAGACAGUCAAAGUAGAGAAAUGUUCAGUUUGGGAAUUUUCGCUGGUGGUUUAAGUAAUUUGGUCGGUGGUGAAGUGGAAGGUGACGAGGAAACGGCUACUGCUGGCAUGGAACUCACAAUUAUGGAUACCCAAAUCCGUCCUUUUGUUUUUUUCAACGGCCAGAGUGAAUUGAUGGGUCAUGUGUGGUCGGGAACGGCUUCAGAGCGUACUACUGCCUUCCAAGCCCUUAUUUUAUUGCAAGACCAUUUAGAGUUUAUCAGAUUGGGGCCAGGCUUUGUGGCUGAACUCAAUUUGAAAGGGGGUUUGUCCUUUGACUUGUCUGGAAACAUCGAAAUAUCGCUGUGGGGGCGUACUGCUGAUUCCAACGUUGAAAAAUCGGCAGGGAUUGUAACUAAUGGGCUGAUUGCAAUUGACACGUCUUUUGUGAGGUCUCAGAUCGAGUUCAGUGCCUCAAUUGAACCAAAAUUGAAUCUCAAAUCAGAUAUAGAUUUUUCAGGAAACAUGAAUUUAUGUAUGAGAGUCACUCAACCUGAUUCUAUCUUCAGACACAACAUUUACAAAAUCGAAAGAAUCCCAGGAAGUAAACACAAGAUGAGAAUCGCCAAGUAUAAGAAAGUGUUAAUCCCCGGAACGACGUAUUCCCUAAAUAGGAAAAACAAUGAAAUGUGUAGUGCUAUGUUUAGUUAAGUUUUACCAAGUGCUGUGUUAAACUCGUGCUCAAAUGUCAUAAUUUUCACAAUAUAUUUAUUACCAAAAUUA